GAGGCACCGCCCCUGUCGGCGUCUGCCCCUUCCUCGCCGGCCUCAAGAUGGCCGCCUGCUGGCGUCUCCGGCGCUGUUGAAUGGCGAAAGCUUUAUUGUUCCCUUCGGGCAGGAGUGUUCGUGUCCUCUAUGGCGCUGUCAAUAAAGAACGGCAGUUUGAAUCGGUGCUGAACAGAGUACUGCCUGCACGAGCACCCCAGGGAAGGCAGUGACCCUUCAGCCUCUUUGAACUCUUCAGCGGAGUGAGCGCUUUGAUUUUCACAAGGAAAUUGAAUUGGGGAGAGAGGAAGCGAAGUCUUAAGGCAGAGCUGCUGUGAUGGAGCUCCCCAACUACAGCCGGCAGCUGCUGCAGCAGCUGUACACGCUGUGCAAGGAGCAGCAGUUCUGUGACUGCACCAUUUCCAUCGGCACCAUUUACUUCAGGGCUCACAAACUUGUCCUGGCCGCCGCCAGCCUCCUGUUCAAAACCUUGCUGGAUAACACAGACACCAUCUCCAUCGACGCGGCUGUUGUGAGCCCCGAGGAGUUUGCCCUCUUGUUAGAAAUGAUGUACACUGGCAAAUUACCUGUGGGAAAACACAACUUCUCCAAAAUCAUCUCUUUAGCCGACAGCCUGCAGAUGUUUGAUGUGGCUGUUAGCUGCAAGAAUCUUCUCACCAGCCUUGUAAACUGCUCCGUGCAGGGUCAGGUGGUAAGGGACGUCUCUGCGCCAUCCUCAGAGUCCUGUAGGAAAGAGACAGAGAUGCCUCAAAUAGCAGUCCUUUCCUCCGAAGGUGUGGGGGUGUCUCUUUCCUCCCUGGAGUCUUCUGCCACCCCAGGGGGCCCUGUGAAAGCUGAGGCCCACGAAGCGAUCCAUACAGGAACCCAAGAGAUGAGUGCAGGUCUUCCCACUGCCCAGGAGGUUCCAGGGGAUGCAGAAGCCCCAGUGGAGACUCCUCACCCAGCUGAAGCUGGCUCCCCCUCACCUGCUGGACAGACCUGGAGUGGAGCAAAGGGGUCAAGCACAGAACCAGAAUGUGAGAGGAAACGCAACGAGCUGAGUUUUCUUCUAGAGAAUGAAAAUGUUUUCUCAGAUGCACUCUUGGUUACUCAGGACAUUUUAAAAAGGCUAGAAGAAUGUUCAGAAAUUAAAGGCCCACAGAAGGAGAUUGUAAUGGAAUGUCUUGAGGGUAAAGGAGGAUGUGCAGUAUUCCAGAGAAUCUUGGAGAAAGUAAGAGCCGAGAGCCUGGAUGUGCAGACUGUCGUGUCCCUGUUGAGGCUGUACCAGGACUCUAAUCCUUCAGUGAAAGCUGCACUGUCAGACCCACAGCCAGAAGAUGCAGCCCCAGUGCAUCCAAAAGGGAGCACAGGGGAGGGAAAGACCUUGUCUGUUCUGUUACUGGAACACAAAGAGGACCUGAUACAGUGUGUAACACAGCUGAGACCUAUUACGGAGUUCCUGGAAACAGCCAAGGAGGAAUUCCUGCCUGGCACUGAGAAAAGGGUGAUUCUGAAUUGCUGUGAGGGCAGAACACCCAAAGAGACAAUAGAAGAUAUGUUACACAGAGUAACUGAAGAGAAGACCCUGACUGCUGAGAGUUUGGUAAAACUCCUCCAGGCCGUGAAGAUGACAUUUCCAAAUUUGGAUCUUCUGCUGGAGAAUUUGCAGAAAUUAGCCACUUCGCCCAGCAUCACAGUCCAGCCAAGCCCUGAUGAUUAUGGGACUGAGCUACUGCGACGGUAUCAUGAAAACCUAUCUGAGAUUUUCACAGAUAGCCAGAUGUUGCUAAAGAUGAUCUCACACGUGAAGAGUAUAGCCCCUGGAGAAAGAGAAGUCAUGGAGAAGCUCGUGAAACAGGGCACCGGCUCAGGUGGUUUAAGUUCCCUGAUGUCAGCAGUUCUAGAAAAGCAGACUCUCUCUGCAGUAGCCAUUUGGCAGCUGCUUCUGGCAGCUCAGGAGACAAAGACCUGCCCACUGAACAUGGUCAUGGAAGAAAUACGAAAGGAGCCUGGUGCCGAUGCUUUCUUCCAGGCAGUGACCACCCCAGAAACUGCUGCCUUAGAAAUAGUCCUGAGGCAUAGCAAGUUGAUCAUAGAGGCCAUCCAACAGAGGGGUGAGGUCAAGCCCUUUUCCCUGGAGGAAGAGCAGCUGGCCAGGACUUUGAAAGAGAUUCUGAGCAUUUCCUCUGAGACAACCAGCCCUGAAGCUUCCUUGAGAGCGGUGCUGAGCAGAGCCAUGGAAAAAUCAGUCUCGGCCAUUGCAAUCUGUCACCUCUUGUGCAGAGUCCACAAAUCUUUCCCAAGCCUGCAGCCCGUCAUGCAGGAAUUGGCACAUAUUGGUUUCCUUACUAAGGAAAAUGGAGAGAAGGAAAUAUGGAGGUUGAGUAAUAAAUCUCACCUUGAAGCCAAUGACAAAGAAAAUGAAAAGGCUGUGGAAGCUGACUGCCAGCCUGCAGAACAGAAUGCCCAGGGAGAUGCUGGUUCCUUGCCAGAGCAACAAGAGAAAGACACUUCUGCCUCCCCAGACUCCGGCAAGAAGAGCUUUGUGUGUAAGGCCUGUGACAAGAGCUUCCAUUUCUACUGCCGCCUCAAGGUGCACAUGAAGCGCUGCCGUGUGGCCAAGAGCAAACAGGUGCAGUGUAAGGACUGCAGUGAGACCAAGGGUUCCAAGAAAGAGCUGGAGAAGCAUCAGCUGGAGGCCCACGGUACCAGUGGAGACCCUGAAGUCCCCAAGAAGAAGAAGAAGAGGCUACCAGUGACGUGCGACCUCUGUGGAAGAGAGUUUGCUCAUGCCUCAGGCAUGCAGUACCAUAAACUGACAGAGCACUUUGAUGAGAAGCCUUUCUCCUGUGAGGAGUGUGGGGCCAAGUUUGCAGCCAACUCCACCCUGAAGAACCACCUCCGCCUGCACACUGGGGACCGCCCCUUCAUGUGCAAGCACUGCCUCAUGACCUUCACCCAAGCCUCGGCCCUGGCCUACCACACCAAGAAGAAGCACUCAGAAGGAAAAAUGUAUGCAUGCCAGUACUGUGAUGCUGUGUUUGCCCAGUCCAUCGAGCUGUCCCGCCAUGUGAGGACCCACACUGGGGACAAACCAUAUGUCUGCAGGGACUGUGGCAAGGGCUUCCGGCAAGCCAAUGGCCUCUCCAUCCACCUGCACACCUUUCACAACAUAGAAGAUCCUUAUGAUUGCAAGAAAUGCAGGAUGAGCUUCCCCACUCUGCAGGAUCACCGGAAGCACAUCCACGAGGUGCAUUCCAAGGAGUACCACCCUUGCCCCACCUGUGGGAAGAUCUUUAGUGCUCCUUCCAUGCUGGAGCGGCACAUGGUGACCCAUGUCGGAGGGAAGCCCUUCAGCUGCGGGAUCUGCAACAAGGCUUACCAGCAAUUGUCUGGUUUGUGGUACCACAAUCGGACCCACCACCCAGAUGUAUUUGCUGCUCAGAACCAUCGGUCAUCCAAGUUCUCAUCACUCCAGUGCAGCUCCUGUGACAAAACCUUUCCCAACACCAUUGAGCACAAGAAGCACAUCAAAGCAGAGCAUGCGGAUCUGAAGUUCCACGAAUGUGAGCAGUGUAAGGAGCUCUUCCCCACACCAGCUCUGCUGCAGGUUCACAUCAAGUGCCAGCAUUCAGGGUCCCAGCCAUUCAGGUGCUUGUACUGUGCGGCUACUUUCCGCUUCCCUGGAGCACUGCAGCACCACGUCACCACGGAGCACUUCAAGCAGUCAGAGAGCACCUUCCCCUGUGAGCUCUGUGGGGAGCUCUUCACCUCCCAGGCUCAGUUGGAUGGCCACCUGGAGUCUGAGCACCCAAAGGUGAUGGGCACUGAAACCCAGGCAGCCACCUCCCAGAUGGUACAGGUGAUCCAGACUUCGGAGCCGGCAGCCCCAACUGAGCAGGUGAUCACCCUGGAGGAGACCCAGCUUGCUGGGUCACAGGUGUUUGUGACUUUGCCAAACUCUCAGACAUCUCAGGCCAGCUCUGAGCUCGUGGCAGUGACUGUGGAGGACCUGCUGGAUGGUACUGUGACCCUGAUCUGUGGUGAGGCCAAGUGAGUGUGGCAGCUGCUCACUGGCAGAGGAACCGGCAUUUGCUUCAGAGAGGAAGUUCCGAAUCCUGUCCUUUGCCCUUCCCUGCUGACCCAAGUGGUGAGCAUCUUAGCCUAGCACCAACCCAAAUGGCCUCCCUCGAAGGACAGAAAAGCUCCAGUGCUCUCACACCUAGUGUCUGAGCUCUGUCCUUCAUAACCAGGCUUUGUUCAGGCCUCUGUGACGCCACCUCUGAAACGGUCUAAAAGAGCAGUGGGAUGGGGGCUGAGGUAUAACGCUCCAGCAGCUCUCAGAGGACAGAAAGGCAUUUAGGUGGGACUGCGCCCACAGAGUAGGCUGUGUCCUGCUUGUGCCUCUGGCCAUUUGGAAUGAGAGAGAAGCACAGCAGACUCCGAGGGAACCCGGCCUGAAGCACACUGCGCUUUUUCACUUUUCCCAGCCUCCCCUCUGCUCAGCUCCAUCUACUUCCUGGGGCUAUGCUAGCACCAGGCACUAAGGUGGCAGCAUUCACAACGCCCCCAUUUCCCACUGCUCUGUAGAGUCGACUUCCUGAAGCAGAGCCUUUGGUGUGCUACUCCCGGGAGUGUUGCAUGCGAGGCCAUCCAGCAGCUGCCUUCUGGGAUGUUCUUCACGACGUUCCCUGUAGGCUGCUUCUCCUCAUCCUCUUCCUCUAAUCAAAGGCUAAUGCUUCCACCCACCCUGAAGGCCUCGCUCACUGGCUCCCUCUGGAGUUGGUGACGUCGCUAAUGAACCUGCAGCUGGCGGGCUGUGUGCCUGCGCACACAGGAGCAGCAGGCUGCCCCUAGCUCUGCUCCUGCUGCCAGGGCAGGGCGCUUGCCUUGUGCACGGCCAGCUGUCUGAGCUGCAGGUCAGUGAUCCUUCUGAGUCUGAAUUUCACAGAGCCUGUUAUCUUUAGUUCCUAAAACAUAAUCUGGUAAUUAAUGGUUUGUGGAAUCCAUUAUGAAGUGCAAUUAGAUGGAUGUUGGUUCCUGCCAUUUAGAAAGAACGACCAGCAUUUAUCUUCUUUUCCUUGAUGCCCAAAGGUUGCAGCAGGCUAGUGCAGUGUUUGAACAGCAGGCAGGGCCCCCUGCCGCUUAGUGUGGCUUGACCCCUUGCGGAGCGAUCACUUACCCUCACACCACACACUGGCAGAGAUGAGCCCACUCUGUUUUCCAAUCGGGUGUGGCCCCACCACCACCACAUGGCUGUGUGCAGAGGUGCUCGUAAGUGGGGCCUUUACUGCUGCACACAGGCAGGUGGGGCACAGCUAAAAGUGCAGAGGCAGAGCCUGGGUUCUGACUAGUAUUUUCAAGGGCUGGCUCUUGUCUUCAUUGGCAUUGGCUUUGUGCAGGCAAUCCUGGCAACAGUGAGUUCCAGCCCAGGCUAGCUCACCCCAGCCAACUGCUCCUACCUCCAGCCCUCCUUGGUCUGAAAUGCAAAUCAGUCAGACUUGUCAGUUCUGAGAUCUUCCCAUCUGGAAGGGUAGGGGAAGUCUUUAAAGGAGAGGCAGCCUCAAAAGCCAAGUACUGACCAGAAGAUGGUGCUCAAACCUUAAGACUUCUCCUCCCUGGGCAGACCUCACUGUUUCUACCGAGGCUGUCCUCAUCUUAAGAUUUUUCAGUCUCCACGUGCUGGCAGACCAGGGAGCUCUUGAUCUGCAAGUGGCAAAAUGGCACAGACUAUCCUCUUGGCAGCAGAUGAACCCCCCAGAAAGACAGUGGAGUGGCACUGGCUUCCAGGCGUUGGUGCCGAGCCCAGCGGGUCAGAGUGGAUUGCCUCAUAAGCCGUAAGACGGUGGAAUUGCACUGAGUGGAAUUAGAACUUCUCCUGCCAGAAGGCAAGACAGUAACACAAGUGCUGAGGACUUGUGGCAGAAAGUAGGUUGUUUCUUUUUAAUGAAAAGACUAAAAAGAGCUAUAAGUUUUAAAUCCAAGUGUCAGAUCCUUUCCAGCACUGAGAAAUGCUUUGGAUGAGGACCCAGAUGGUGGCCAGCCACUCUUUCUCUUCAUAAUCGCUGGACUCCUAGCUCCCUGUGCUGAAAGCAGAGAAGUGGGACCGGCUGCCAGACCACCAGAUGCACUCUUUCCACACUGGGCAGGAGGCACAGAGCAGCACAGACCAGUGCUCCUGGCUUUGGGCAGAGUUCGGCAAGGGCCCACUCUAGGCCCAGCGCCGGCUGAGUGGGCCUUUUCACUGGCUGCCUGGAAUUCCAGUGUUUUUCUCUGGCGGAGAUGUGGAUUUUAAUGAAGGAAGACUUUUUCAGCUUUCCCCCUUGUGCCCAAGAGACUUCUGACCUGCUGCCAUGGAGCACAUCGCCAGCGGGUCUCCUUUGUCCACACCUCUUGCUUUCACUGUGGCACCCACAUUCCCUUUGGCUCAUGUCGUUGUUGGAGGAGUCACGAGGCUUCUUGGAAUGUGUGGAUUUGCUCAGGGGGACCCCAAGCCGCCUCUGCUCCCAAAGCUCAGGAUCAGGCUGAUGAGGAGUCUAAACUAGAGUCUGACCGUGGGAAGAGUGGGGUCAGUUAGGGAACAAGAUCUGCCCGUCACAGGUAAGUGACACCGCAGAUGGGUGACAGAAGAGCGGGGCUACCAUAGGCAGACAGAAGUCCUGCUCUUCAGAUGCAGGAGCAGAGCCUGGAGCAGAGGGGCAGCAACAGGGCAAUGAGCAAGUUCUCAUGUGUGAAGCCUGCCUCCUCUGUCUCAGCAGCUCUGCAUUUGGAAAGCAUCCCCCUGAGGAAGCUGCUGAUUUGCGGCUGAUCACAGAGGCACCUCUGCCGCAUCCCUCAGGCCAGAGCUCUGGUGGUCAGGGCUGAGGGACGAAAUGAGGUACACGUGGUGCAUGGAGGAGACAAGGUUUAUUCUCCCGAUCCCAAACGGGCAGAUUCAUAGUGUCAGGGAAAGGUGAGGGGGGCCCUAAAAGUUCCUUCUUACCCCAGGGGCUCAUGACAUACUGGAGGUGGGAGGGUAUGCCUUUUAAAGUCACAUGUGCCUGAGCCCUGUACUGGUGAAGGGCAGGAGGGACCUGCUAGCCUUGCCCAGAGUACACAGGUGGUUCUAGGGGGCAAGCAGCACGACUGUUAAAUUGGGCCUCGAAAGGUGGACAAUGAGAGAAGAGGCUGUAGUGGUUUAGGCCUUCCAAAAAGAGGGUUCAACAGUGUGAUGCAGUGCACCCCAGAAACCCUUGGGAUAUAGGAAGAAAAUGGAACUAAAGAAAAGACUUGGGGUUGAAGAGAGGCAAGUUCAUUGUUUUGUUGCCACAGAAACUUUGGGGCUGGUAGGACUUGGGCCAACAGCUCAACAUCACAGCUGAAACUCAGAAACUUGCUACACCUGCAACUCUACCUGGAAAGAAGAUAUCAGUACUUUGGGGGAUGAAUUGUUGGGGGGAGAAAUGUCAUCUCUGGGCUAAUUUAGAUUGCCUCCAAAUUGUGGAAAUGGUCAUGCUUUCCUUUAGCAAGGCCAAGUCACACCUGUUUCCAUUGCAGUCAGGGCAAUCAGCCCCCAUGUGAUGCUGGGUAAGUUGGGUUACAAACUGUUACUCCAUGUUUAAUGUGUGCAAAUACAUACAAAUAAAAUACGUACUUGGAAAAAACUAUGCUGCCUGAGAUUCAGGUGGACUCUUGUGUCCCAGACUCUCGGUACCUGUCCAGUGGGCACAGGCCUGAGGGCCCAGGUUCCUAGGGACUCCUGUGUGCCUUCAUGUUAGCACAGCCCAGGGAUUGUCCUGUGGCGCAGUCUCAUUUGAGGGCCAUGUUUCAGGGCACAGGCUUUGGUUUCACUCUUGGUAAAUCUCUGCAUGCCACUGUGUGAUCCUGGUGAGUGCUCGUUGAGUUCCCACCUCCUGGUUCCCAGCAAAUGGUUUCACUUCAUACAAUACAGGAUAUAUUGAAAGCCAGGAUUUAAUGAAUGUAGUGUAAAAUGUUUAGUUAUUAAUAAAGUUUUUUAUAGAA